AUGGGCCUGUUAAUCCGAAAGGUUACGAUUUGGGGGGAAGAUCCAUCAAAGGAAAGAUUCGCUGUGUACGAUCUUGGGAAGACCGGCCUACGGUGCUUAGAUGACGAAGCAGAAAGGUCGGUCUUUGAUCCCUCUUGUGGCCACAACCUGGCUUUCCCUAGUCUGCAUCUAGUGAGGCAGAAGGAAUGGCUAUAUGAUGGAGGGAAAGACCUAUCCGCUGCGAGGCAUGCUAGCGCCUUAUCAGUCUUCGGAUCAGGAGACGUUCUAGAGAAGAAAUUUUCUUCUAGAUCGUUUGACACCAGGGAGGAAAGGAAAAAAGCAACGGGCACAGAGUUUGAUUACAUGACCCGGCCAUUCAUUCUCUUGGUUGUUGUACCAUGGGACUCUGUCUCAUGCACCAGUCUUUGUUUGAUUACUCUUCACCAAGCCCGUGUGGAUAUCCCCCGUGAUCAUCCUUCUCCUCCCUCCUUAGUAGAUAGAGACUGCACUUCUGCGCGCCGUCUCUGCCUUUCCCAUCCGUUUGACAGUGGCACCGUGGGAGCAAGGGAGGAGGAAAGGGGUCAUAUCUGCCAUGUCGGUGCCCUUACCACCACACCGCUUAUUUCACAGCUGUGGGCAAUUGGGCGUCCUUGCAGUCAGAAUGGAAAAGUACCACGGACUGAUUUGCAUGAUAUAAUCAUACGGGGUAAUCGGCAGUCUCAUGCAGCGACACUCUUCGUUCUGUUCGACUUGCUUCUAUCUUUUCCCCCUUCCUCCGGGGGAGGCGUUUGCAAAACCAGGGCUCCGGGACUUGGAUCAGACCGCCGUCGUUCCAAGGAUCUGGCUCAGCUCCCCAUCCUUGUCCGUGCGGGCACCGUGGCUACGAUAGUUGAACACAACCUCAUUAUGAUUUCUAUUCUUAUCCGGCGGUGUCUUCAGGAACAAGGGAUCGACGGGAAUUCGGGCUGA